AUGUCCUCCUCACCAGAGCCAAUCCCGGCUUUCUACCGCGUCUUCUUCAGCACCAUCGACCCCGUCAUCGCGCUCAGCGGCGUGCUAACCCAACUCUUCUCCCCGGCCACCAUCCUCCGCCUGUACAACGCCUCGUCGUCACUGACCCUCCCUCCCGCAAUCGAGACGACCGUGCUCCUCGACAGUUCCGCGGGAUACCUCCUCUCGACGCUGUUCCUGCAGGUCGUCAUGCUCCGUCUACGGCCCGCGGAUCGCACGGUGUGGAAAUGUCUCGAGGCGAGUAUCCUGAUCCAGGACGUGGCGCUUGUCGCGGCCGUGGCGAGGAGUCUGGACGCUCAGCACCGACUCGCGUGGCGGAUGGUCACGGGCGAGGAGUGGGGGAAUUUGGGCAUUCUGGUGGGCGUGGGUGUGCUGAGGGCGGCGUUUUUGAUGGGCAUUGGCAUGGAGGGAGGUCGUGAGGCGAGGAAGAACUUGAAGAGGGCUUGA